UUUUUUCUGUGCAGUGAAACUGUUUUGUUCGCGUGCCGAUCGCAAAUGUCGUUGCGGAAUUGUUGAUACCAAAUGCGAAUCACGGCGAAACGGUUAUUUCGGAAUUCUCCACUCGCCCGGUUCGAUCGGAAUGGCAAAAUGAUAAUUCACCUGCUGGUCGUCGUUUCGCUCCUGGAAGCUAUUGGCGCCUUUCAGCCGGAGUUCGUGGAGAGCAUUUCCAACGUGUCCGUGGCCGUCGGACGCGAUGCAACCUUCACGUGUCACGUGCGACGUUUGGGGGGCUAUCGGGUGGGCUGGCUCAAGGCCGACACCAAGGCCAUCCAGGCCAUUCACGAAAACGUGAUCACGCACAAUCCUCGUGUCACGGUGAGUCAUUUGGACCAGAACACGUGGAAUCUGCACAUAAAAGCGGUUUCCGAGGAAGAUCGAGGCGGCUAUAUGUGCCAACUAAACACGGAUCCCAUGAAGAGCCAGAUCGGCUUCCUGGACGUCGUGAUUCCGCCGGACUUCAUCAGCGAGGACACCUCCUCGGAUGUGAUUGUGCCGGAGGGCAGUUCCGUGCGAUUGACAUGUCGGGCCCGUGGCUAUCCGGAACCGAUUGUCACCUGGCGGCGCGAAGACGGCAACGAGAUUGUCCUGAAGGACAAUGUGGGCACCAAGACCCUGGCACCCUCUUUUCGCGGCGAGGUGCUGAAGCUGUCAAAGAUCUCGAGGAACGAGAUGGGCUCCUAUCUGUGCAUCGCCUCCAAUGGAGUGCCCCCAUCGGUUUCCAAGCGCAUCUCCCUCAGCAUACACUUUCAUCCGGUCAUCCAAGUGCCGAAUCAAUUAGUCGGCGCACCACUUGGCACUGAUGUCCAAAUCGAGUGUCACGUCGAGGCCUCGCCCAAAUCAAUUAACUACUGGAUUAAGGACACGGGAGAGAUGAUUGUGACUUCGGGCAAGUACCAUGUCCAGGAGAGUUCGCAGUCCAUGUACGAGACCAAAAUGUCGAUGAUAGUCAGGAAGUUUCAGAAAGAUGAUGUCGGAUCCUAUCGCUGCAUAGCCAAAAACUCACUGGGCGAAGUCGACAGCAGUAUCCGUUUAUAUGAAAUCCCCGGACCGAAUCGUAAUAAAAAUCCGCUGAACGGCGGCGGAAAAGGCGGUGGCGGCGGAGGAGGUGCGGGCGGAAGCCUGGAUGCGGAUGCCAAUGACAUUUUGAAGCAGAAACAACAAGUCAAAGUCACCUACCAGCCGGAGGACGAGGAGCUGCAGUACGGAUCCUCGGAGGAUUUCGAGGGGGAGGGCGGCGAGGGCGGUGGGCUGACACCGUUAUCGCCGCACGUUUACUACACCAGCGGCAAUAAACCGGCCACACAUAAGCCGGGCAGCUCGGGCGGCAAUCAGCAUCAGCAUCAACAUCAGCAGCACCACCAUCACCACCACCACCAGCAGCACGGCGGCGGCGGUGGGGCAGGUGGGGCAGGUGGCGGUGGUCCGGGUGGUUCGCCCACUGGUGGUGGCGAAAUGGGGGGCAUAACCCGCAAGCCGCCGCCAUAUUACGGCGGCAAUACGGAAGUGCGCGGCCCCAUCGACAACAACGAAAUGAGCUCCGGCUCCGGCGAUUCGCGACUGCUGCGUCGGGGUCACCACUUCACCCUCCUCGCCAUCCUUCUCGUCCUGCUCGUCCUGCCCAGGAGUUGGCACUGUCGACAGCCGUUCUUAAUGGGCCUGUCGACCCUGUCCGGCCUGCUGCUCAGCCUUUUAUAAUACGCAGUCUAAUGGACUCACCAGCACAUCCAGCAGCAGACUCAACAACACACGGGAGGCAGCGAAGGAAAAAGAAAGGACAUUCAUCAGGCACACUAUGGUGGGCAAUACGCUAGGGAUAUCAACAAUACUUUCACCAACACUCAUUUUUAACCAGGAACACACAGAAAUGCUGAGGUUUGUAAUUCUUGGUCCUUGGGACUAGACAACAACACUUUCACCAACAGUACAUGUAAAACACUAACUCUCAAUCAGACAAGGCAAAAGUCCAAGGGACUUAGUAACACUUUCACCAACAAAUGAUUCAGUGUUAAAAAAGUCUAGAAUAGACAACAACACUUCAACAACACUUUCACCAACAGUAUAUGUAAAACACAAACUCUCAAUCAGACAAAGCAAAAGUCCAAGGGACUCAACAACACUUUCACCAACAAAUGUUUCAGUGUUGGAAAAAGUCCAAGGGACUGAAAGCAUUCACACAAGCAUUCCACAACACUUUCAUCAAUGGUCUCUUUGAACACUUACUCUCAACCAUAAGGAGACGCCAAGCAUAAGACACACAUGUUGUAGUAGCAAAUGUUAAAUUGUUUAUAACAUAAAUUAAAUAAGAAAGAAAAACACAAAAAACAGGGAUGGUGUUCGGAGGCAUCCGUAUUUAGUAAAUGUAUUUAACGCAAGAAUUUCUAGAGUUACCGAAACAUUUUUAAGGGGG